GUCAAAAAUGGCAUAGCGCAAUUUCGCAAAGGCUAUCGAUAAGGUCGGAAAAGCAUCAACCCCGCGAGCCUUGUUCGUUUGGUUGAAUAUUCCUUUUCUUCUAUUGCGCGAUCGAAGCACCAAGCAUGGAUGAUCUAGAGUCCACGUACGCUUCACUGCGCGCGCAAAUCACAGAGACAGAAACACGGUUGGCAGCCCUCAAACGCCAACUAGACAGUGCCGAGAAGACCCUUGCAGAGAAAGGAACGAACGAAACAUCCGCUGCGACGUCAGACGGACAGCAGAGCCCACGGAAAUGGCCACUUCUUGCAGAGGAGUAUAGAAGGUACGGUAGACAGAUGAUUGUGCCGCAGAUUGGACUACAGGGUCAGUUGAAGCUUCGUUCAUCAUCAGUAUUGAUUGUCGGAGCUGGAGGUUUGGGAUGUCCUGCAGCUCAGUAUCUGGCGGGAGCAGGGGUCGGCACACUGGGCUUGGUGGAUGGAGAUGUCGUUGAACACUCAAACCUGCACCGCCAGGUUCUACAUCGGACAAGGAACGUGGGCAAAUUGAAAGUAGAUAGUGCGAUCGAGUCUCUUAAGGAGCUCAAUCCGCACCCGAAGUAUGUAGCUCAUCGAGCUCAUCUUACUCCCGAAGAUGCCCCGGAAAUCUUUAAGAAUUACGAUAUAAUCCUGGACUGCACAGAUAACCCUGCUACACGAUACUUAAUCUCUGAUACGGCAGUUCUCUUGGGGAAGCCGCUUGUUUCGGCUUCUGCGUUGAGAACGGAGGGUCAGCUCAUGGUGUUGAACAAUCCGCCUAAACCCCCUGGUGAGAAGUCCGGGGGACCCUGCUACCGCUGUGUUUUCCCCAAGCCUCCACCAGCGGAUAGCGUUGUGAGCUGUGCAGACGGUGGGAUCCUAGGUCCGGUGGUCGGAACUAUGGGAGUGUUGCAAGCGUUGGAAGCCAUCAAGGUCAUCACCGGUUACGGCUCUGCGGACAAUACGAAUGGGGGACUGCCUGCCUCCCCCUCUCUGCACAUAUUCUCCGCAUACUCUUCGCCCCCGUUCCGCACAAUCCGUCUUAGACCGCGCCGUGCGAAUUGCGCAGCUUGCUCGGCCGAUGCCACCGUAUCACUCGAAUCUCUUCGCAGUGGCUCUACAGAUUAUGUCCUUUUCUGUGGUUCAGCGACUGCUCCCUCACUGCUUUCUCCAGAAGAGCGUAUCUCAGCUAAGGAGCUCCAGAAGACGUUCGGUGACGGAACAGAUGGGUUUGAGAACCGCGGACCUUGUACGGUCAUAGAUGUGCGUGACAAUGUCCAAUUUGACAUAUGCAGUUUGGAUAAAAGCGUGAACAUACCAAUCUCGAAAAUCUUGUCGUCUGCACCACAGCCCACAUCCCAUGAUGGAAGGGAGCAAUCCGGCCUUCCUGAUUGGGUCCCUGCAGAAAUAGCAACCGGCUCUGAGGGUCCGAUAUACGUAGUGUGUCGACAGGGAAACGAUUCUCAAGUGGCUGUCAAGAAGCUCAAGGAGCUGGGUCUUGACAGAGAGGGAUCCAGGUUCAUCGGGGAUAUCCGCGGGGGUCUGCGCGCAUGGCGGGAUGAGGUCGACCCGGAGUUUCCGGAUUAUUGAAGACCUCUACAUCGACUCCUGUCCCAGAUGUGGCUGCAAGUCAUGUUCUCGGAUUCUGGGAUCAACGGAUGUCGAUUGAAUUACAUAACAUGUGAAUCAUAUACACAUUUCAGACGCCCAUUAAAAAUUAGAUUAUAUGCAAGCAUGGUCAUCAACAUAGGGGUAUCACGU